UCUGCCCCCAUCGUCAACAGAGCAGUUGCUUCUACUCCAUUUGUUUUUUCUCUAACACACCGUGUGUGUGUGAGAGAGAGAGAGAAUAAGAAGAAGCCAUUGAUCUCGAGAUCUGCGUUCUUGUUUUACAUAAUUAAGCUUCCGUUUACUUCACGAAGAAUAACCAAAGCAACCGCCAUUUUUCUCCUCAAACGAGACAUGUACCAGAUUUGAACCUUUGUUUCUCCUUCCAAAGUCUUGUUGUCAGGAAUGAAUUAGAAGAGAAGAGACUGCACAAUGAGCUCAUAUCUACUCUUUCUUCUUCUUGUUGUGAUCUUUCCACUGAGUAUCGCGGAUCUAGACUCGGACAAAAUUGCCCUUAUCAACUUUGCUGCCUCUGUGCCUCAAGGUCGAAAACUCAACUGGAGAAACAAAACAUCAGUCUGCACAUCUUGGGCCGGUGUGAGUUGCAAUGGUAGACGCGUAACUGCACUUCGCCUUCCUGGUAUCGGGCUGUAUGGCCCCAUUCCACCCAACACUUUAGGGAACCUGGAUGCACUUACUAUACUUAGCCUCCGUUCUAACUUUCUUAAUGGAAGUCUCCCCUCUGAUCUUCUUUCCCUCCCUUCUCUCACCAACCUUUACCUCAACAAAAACCAGUUUUCUGGUGAGAUACCUGCCUCCCUCUCUUCCCAACUUGUAACACUCGAUCUUUCCUCCAACUCCUUCACUGGUAAUAUCCCUGAAUCCAUCCAGAACUUGACAAACCUCAAGUAUUUCAAUGUAAGCAACAAUCAGCUUAAUGGGUCCAUCCCAGUGUCGUUAAAAAAGUUCCCGGCUUCAUCUUUUGGUGGGAAUUCUGGACUAUGCGGAUCACCACUUACCCGAUGCUUCUCACCAGCACCAGCACCCUCACCCUCACCAUCACCAUCACCCUCACCCUCACCCUCACCAUCACCCUCGCCCUCACCCUCACUCUCACCAAAUGUGAAUUUGCCCCCUCCACGAAUGCUGGUUCCACCUGCCCAACGGCUACCCUCUCAACAAAAAGAGAAGAAGAAACUAAGCAAGGGUGCUGUGGUUGCCAUUUCCGUGGUGUCUUCUUCUGUGUUACUGUUUCUGCUUCUUACACUAGUGUUAUUCUGUGCAAAGAAGAAGGAAGGUGUAACAACAAGUGGUGGUACAGGGAAAGCCUUAACCGAAACGCCUAAAGAGGAUUUCAGUAGUGGGUUGCAAGAAUCUGGGACAAACAAAUUAGUUUUCGUUGACAGGUCAUCUUAUAAGUUUGAUCUUGAAGACUUACUUAGAGCCUCUGCUGAAGUUCUGGGAAAGGGCGGUCAUGGUACAACUUAUAAAGCGGUGUUAGGGGAAGGAACGAUGGUGGUCGUAAAAAGGCUGAGAGAAGUUGUCGUCGGAAAAAGAGGAUUCGACCAGCAAAUGGAGGUUAUUGGGAGGGUAGCAAAACAUCCAAAUUUGGUUCCUCUUCUGGCUUAUUAUUAUUCCAAGGAUGAAAAGUUACUGAUUUAUGACGGUGCAACAUCUCGUAGCUUGUCCUCUGUGUUACACGGUAACAGGGGUGGUUCAGGAAGAACACUGGAUUGGGAAACUAGAUUAAGAGUUGGUCUUGGAACAGCAAAAGGGAUUGCUCAUAUUCACUCAGGAAAACUAACUCAUGGAAACAUCAAAUCCUCCAAUGUCCUACUCGACCACAACAACCAUGGAUGCCUGACCGAUUUCGGAUUGACUCCUCUUAUGGGCACACCUUCUCGAACAUCAGGCUACCACGCGCCUGAAGUUAUAGAAUCCAAAAAACCGACACAGAAAUCUGAUGUCUACAGCUUCGGUGUUCUCCUGCUGGAGUUGCUAACCGGGAAAGCACCGGUCCAGGCAGGAGCACCAGCUGCAGGUCAAGAUGAAGUGGCGGACCUCCCGAAGUGGGUCCAGUCAGUCGUGAGAGAGGAAUGGACCGCGGAGGUGUUUGACAUGGAGCUGAUAAAGUACCAGAAUGUAGAGGAAGAGAUGGUGCAGAUGCUUCAGAUAGCCAUGACAUGUGUAGGGAAAAGCCCGGAAACAAGACCGAAAAUGGAUCAAGUGGUUAGGAUGAUUGAGGAGACCAGGAUGUUGGAUGGCCAAUCUUCAAGCCAAACACCAUGAUCAUUUGCUUUUCAUAUGUUGGGUGCUUCUUAGAAUAACAAUACCCGUUGUUUCUUUAAUCUCAUUGUUUGUGUUUAAAAAUGCUAAUUCUUAUUACAUGGGUCAAAUUAUAAUAGUGUAAUCCCACUAAGUUAUUACAAAUUUAAAUGGGGCAACUCCUCUUGUUAUUUUU